AUGAAGAAUAUCAUCUCACAUUGUGGAUUAACUGGCGCAAUCACCGGAGGAAACUCUGUUCAACAGCCCGCUAAUUUGUGGAGACCUUGGGAUGCCAAAGCAGGCAGAGAAUGCAGGGCCGCGACACACAUGCCUUACACAAAGACCAUUGGAGGAUUUCCAUACAUCAAACACUGCAAGAGUCCUCAGAUCACUCACCCAGUAAAGUUGUUCUGGCCCAAAUCGAGAUGCUUCGAUUAUCUGUACCAGGAUGCAGAGAUGCUUCUACGCAACUACCCAGUCCAAGCAACCAUCUGCCUCUACGAAGACUCGAGCAGUGAUGAUGAUGAGGACGAUAGUGAUGAUGACGAGGAAGAAGACAGCGUGAAGGAGCUGAAUUUAAAAAAAGCCCUUUCUCUCCAAUUGAAAAAACACUGA